UCUGUGUGUGCGCAGCCGUCAGGGCGAGCGGUCGGCGAGGCGGAGCGGGGACCAUGUUCACACUCCGGUAGCGGGGGGGAGAUGUUCGGGCUCCGGUCGCGGGAGCAACCCCGUGUGCAUCCCGGGUGAAGGCAAGCCGGUUCCCCUUGGCUGAGUCUUGGUGAUCGACGGCAGCUCAGUGGAGGGGAGGUGAGGAGAGGAGAGGGGAGAGAAAGGGGGCCAGGUGCGUUGUUGGAGAGAGUUAAGGAAGUUGAGCGGGCUCGACGUGUGUCAGGAAACCCGCACCGCACAGAGAAGGGAACGGUGUGCGGAUACCUGCCCGCUCGCCACCCCGGGGCUCUGGGGGAAAGGAUGGAGAAGUUGAGGAGCGGACUGAAUCUCGCAGGCUCCGCGUUGACAAGGAGCUACCUGCCUGCCCGCGAUUCCGAGCAGACGGAGAGAGCGCGCCGACGGUCCGUCUCCAUGCCGGAGCUGAGACGCUGACGGGCGGCCGGGCACCGAGUGACGGCUCUUUCCACCGCUACCAUCGGCCAUGGCAGCGGCGAUUGCCAGCUCCCUGAUCCGGCAGAAGCGCCUGGCUCGGGAGCAUCACCUAGACAGACAGGUUGUCACAAAGCGCAUCAAAAGCCCCCACAAAAAGAAAAACGUGAGCCAUGGCAACCUGGUGGAUAUCUUUUCCAAAGUCAGGAUCUUUGGGAUGAAGAAGAGAAGGCUGCGGAGACCAGAUUCCCAGCUCAAGGGUAUAGUGACCAGGUUAUAUUGCAGGCAAGGUUUCUACCUGCAGAUGAACGCAGAUGGAGCUGUUGACGGAACAAAGGAUGACAGCACUAAUUCCACAUUGUUCAACCUCGUGCCAGUGGGACUCCGAGUUGUUGCCAUUCAGGGUGUGAAGUCGGGGCUUUACGUGGCUAUGAAUGGGGAAGGAUAUCUAUACACAUCAGAACUUUUUACCCCUGAAUGCAAGUUCAAGGAGUCAGUCUACGAGAAUUACUAUGUGAUCUACUCAUCGAUGCUGUAUCGGCAGCAGGAAUCCGGCAGGGCUUGGUACCUGGGCUUCAACAAGGAUGGACAAAUCAUGAAAGGAAAUCGUGUGAAGAAAACUAAGCCUGCUUCUCAUUUUCUGCCCAAACCACUGGAAGUCGCCAUGUAUCGUGAGCCAUCGCUGCAUGACAUCGGCGAGACAGUCCUGAAGAACACAAUGACUCCGGGUAAAAGCACAUGUACUUCUGCUGUAAUGAACGGGGGCAAACAAGUUAAAAAAAACAAGUCGACAUAGCCUGCCGGGUCUUGGAGAGGACGCAAUUCGUAAACCACUGCUCUGUUGGGCGAUUUAUCCCUGGCAGACUGUCGCCUUCCGAUGUCCGUGAGCAGAAACAGCCAGCGACCUCUUGCUCGUGGCAGUCUUUGACUAUCUCAUUGCAAGCGGAUAAAUCCCAAUGCGUAGCUCCUCCCGCGACAAGAAACCUGGAUAACUCAGACCAUGGAUGUUGUUCCCAGACACUGGAUGAAUGCCUUGUACCUGUUCCCUGUUAACUGUGACACUCCAUGAGAAUGAUCUAUCUCACAACUACUCUUGGUGCAUUGCCUGCUGACCACAAACAAAAGGGAAUCCAGUCCGGAGGAGGCUUGCUCGCUGUGUGAGAGCUGUCGGCAGCUGGAUCUCAGACCAUUGCUGUAAAUCUCUGCUUGUUCAGGAACAAGCCCUCACCCCCCUCCCCUCUCUCUCUCUCUCUCUCAUUUUUUUACACCUAGCUGCUCUAUCCUUAACCUCUUUUAUUCUUGCAGAGACCUGCUGUGUGGGUUAUGUUCUCCGCUAUAGAAGACCAAGACAAGAGUGGGGGGGGGGGGGAGGAAGGGGAAGGGAAUUGAAAGAGGGCCGUGGUUUUGAAUUGGAACUGCAACCCAGUCACCAGGGGUGACGGGGAUCUUGGUGAGCACUACCACCCCGCUGAGGGCUGAUGAGCCGGACGGUGAACGAGAAGGCCUGCACACUGGCUGAUAAAUUGUCCUGCACCCAUGGAGAUCGCUCGCGGGCAGCAGAAGGGAUUGUGGGGGGGCGCCAAGCUCCUCCGCCACCUCUUCUGUGGGAACGCACCCGUACCUGACAGUGAUGCCCCUCACCUUGCCCAAUGGGCGGUGCCCCACAUUGAGACCUGGGCCCUCCCUCCAUCACCUGCCCAGCAACCCCCAUGCAAGGUUCUGAGCGACACCCUCCCUGAGCCAUGGAUGAGUUUUGUCCCUUUGGCCAAACUGGCCUUCCAUUUUUGUUGAGGCAGGUGCUGAGACACCAGGCGACUUCUGUCCACAUUGGAAAGUGUGACCCAAGGCAGCCAUUUUGGUUCUGGCCCACCAGCUAACAGGAGUGUCCCACAAUAGGCCUCCGUUGCUUCCCUUGGGAAGAGGAGGAGAGAAAUGACUACAGCUGUUGUGGGAAUGAUGUACGAGAGGGUUCUUUGACUUUUUUUUCUUUAAGCUCAGUGAGUGGUGCUGCUCAUUGUCCUUGGUGAGCCAAUGUACCUCUUGGCAGCAGCAUGUCCUUCUGAGCUGCUGAGCAGUCAGUGAUUCACUUGACCCAAGCGUUUCCAAACCAAGAGCCCCAGUGGGCGAGGAGGCGGUUGCUAUGGUUCAUUCAAUCCUCAAUUCAUUCAUUUGUCCAAAAUAAUUCAGUUGCUUUAAUUAUCACAAAACUGCCAGAAAGCUGGAUAUUAUUUUAACAUGUGUAAUGCUCCAUUUUCCUGUUCCAAAUUCCCUCAGAAAAGUGGAAAUUAAUUGAUUGAGAAAGACCCAAAACUGUUCUGUCUACAUUACUCUGGUAGUUAGAUUGCUGCAAUUGUGUUAAAAGUGCAGGACAAACCAACAUAAGACUUAUUUAUUUUAACUCUGGUAGUAAUUUUAACAUGCAUUAGAUUUGUUUGUUAAUUAUUUGUUCUACCCCAAUUCUAUCAAGUGCUAAGUGCUUUAUUCUGAUGAAAAAAGUAGCAAAGUUCUUAAUUACCUCAAAGGGUUAGCUAGCUGGGUGAAAUGGCGAAAAAUAUCAUUGAUCCAGGAAAAGCUGUCCUUAAAAAGCAAAGUGAAAUCUUUGGGAAUACAACACACCUUGACAAUAUCAGCUAAAUGAAGUCAUAACUGUCCUAUACAGCAAAACUAAAGCUUCAAUAGUCAAAUCAAAAUUACUUUUCAAACAUGUUUACGACCAGCACUGCCUCAGAACAAAGACUAGAGUCGUGAAAUUCAUGGCCCAGUGGAUAUCACUUAACAUUAAUGAAACACGAUUCAUCUUAGUGAAAAUCAUUGAUGAUGUGUUUUGGUGGGGGGGGGGUAAAAGCAUACAGAGCCAAGUGUGAAUAUAUCGAGUUCAGUUGAAAAUGGGAAAGUAAUGGAGUGUACUGCAUGGUGAGUUUUCAUUAUAUCAGGGAGGUAAUGGUUCAUUUAGGGUCCAGGAAACUGAUGAAUAGGGCUUUAAAAACAUGAACUCUGGAAGGCAAGCAUUGUGCUAAUUGAAGCCAUUCUGACAGCUCUCUUGAUCACUCAAUGUUGAGCCCAAUACAGCAACUAUUCUCACUCCCUUGUCAUGUUUACUGUAGUGUCGAUGGUUCAAGUGUUGCUGCAUUACAAGGACUGUCAAGCUGCAGGUUUCGUAGUUCUUACAAGCUUGAAAACUAUUUAGUAAUUUAGUAAGUCUAAUAUUUCUGAUUUAUUUUACAAACUCUAAUUUCUGCAGAUUGGAAAUGCCGCAAUGCUGCUGCUAGGCUGCUAAUGUAUGACACCUGAUAACUUUUAGCAAUUUCUAUCUCAUCGUUUGUUCCAAGGAAGGAAACUAGAUUUGUGUUGAUUUCCUCUUUUUUUAAAAACAAUGUAGAGAAAAAAAAGGUUUAAGCACAUCGGCCGCUAUUGGGGUCUCUGUUACUGACCAAAUUAAAUACUGUCAAGAGUAAAAUCCCAUGAGUGUUUGAUUAUAAAACUGAGGGAAGGCAAUAGUUCCUGGAGACAACAUACAGCACGCAAAUAUUCGACAGUGGAACCAACAGUAUGACCCUUGCAAACCAGUUGACUGGUUAAACCUAGGCUGAAUUUAUUUUUGUAAAUGACAAUGAGCAUAUUAUUGUUAACCCCUUCUGUGUUUCUUUUAUUCUUUAGUUGUUUUAUGAGUUGUUCGUGAGAGUGUUUAUUCCAAAUGAAUGGUUGUCCUUGACAAGCUAAUUCUUAUCACGUUUUAAGAAACAAUGGAGCAGAGGGAUUGUUUAUUCUUUCUGCCUUUGUUACUAUUUUGUCUCUUGUCCCAUAUGGCGCAUGGGAUGAGGGUGACAGUGAUCAAACAGAACUGCAUGUAGUAGGUUGUAUGUGUCAAGAACUGUUGGUAUGUAUUACUAAAAUUUACAUACAUAUAUGCAAAAAAGAGUUUGUCUGCAUUGUACAGUUUAAAUGUUUAUUAUCAUUUGUUGUACACCCAAAUACAACAUAUUGAAUAAAAUAUUUAUAUGAAGAUA